AUGUCUGGAAGCGCAGGCUACGAUCGACACAUUACCAUCUUCUCUGACCAAGGAAGAUUAUAUCAAGUCGAAUAUGCCUUCAAGGCUAUCACCGCAGCGAACAUAACAUCAGUUGGUGUCAGAGGAAAGGACUGCUCUGUAGUGCUCUCGCAGAAGAAGGUCCCAGACAAACUGAUUGAUCCGUCGUCUGUUUCCCAUGUCUUCAAGAUCUCAUCAUCCGUCGGAUGUGUCAUGACCGGUUCCAUUGCCGAUGCCCGAGCCUCUGUCGACCGCGCAAGAGGCGAAGCCGCUGAGUUCAGAUACAAGUACGGAUACGAGAUGCCCUGCGACGUGCUGGCGAAGAGACUCGCGAACAUUAAUCAGGUCUAUACGCAGAGAGCAUACAUGCGGCCGUUGGGAGUAGCGACAACACUGGUCUCAUACGACGACGAGUUUGGCCCUCAGCUUUACAAGUGCGAUCCGGCAGGGUACUAUGUUGGCUACAAGGCGACGGCGUCGGGCCCUAAACAGCAAGAGGCGUUCAAUCAUCUGGAGAAGAAGCUGAAGAACAAAGAUUGCGCUCCGGGAUCUUGGGAGGAGGUUGUUGAGCUUGGCAUCAGCACUCUUUCCACGGUCCUGAGUGUUGAUUUCAAGAAGGGCGAAUUGGAGAUUGGCAUUGUGGGAGGCCCUCAAACUGACGGCAGUGAAGGCAUCAACCGAGAGUUUCGAAAGCUUAGCGAGGAUGAGAUCGAUGACCGUCUACAGGCUAUCGCGGAUCGUGAUUGA